UUUGAAUAUAAUUGUAUUUUUUCUCUUUGGUGACCAUUCUAGAACCUAAUAGAAUUCUUCUUUUUCAUGAGCCUCUCCACUAUUGGAAGUUGUUUUAAUAUUAUAAAGAUUUAAUUUAACUUUCCGUUUGAUUGUCUGUGCUCUAAAAUUGACCUUAGACAAAUACACUUAGCUCGAAAUAGUCCUCAAUAUAAUUUGGUUGUGUACAAGGAAGUCGAACAAAUCUCAAGAUGAGUUACAUGCUGGGGCAUUUGCAUAAUGGGUGGCAAGUGGACCAAGCCAUCUUGUCUGAAGAAGACCGUGUUGUGGUAAUCCGCUUCGGCCACGACUGGGACCCCACAUGCAUGAAGAUGGAUGAAGUGUUGUACAGCAUUGCAGAGAAAGUUAAGAACUUUGCAGUGAUAUACCUCGUGGACAUAACUGAAGUACCAGACUUCAACAAAAUGUAUGAGCUGUAUGACCCGUGCACGGUGAUGUUCUUCUUUCGCAACAAGCACAUCAUGAUCGAUCUCGGCACGGGCAACAACAACAAAAUCAACUGGCCUCUGGAGGACAAGCAGGAGAUGAUCGAUAUCAUCGAGACGGUGUACCGCGGAGCACGCAAAGGCCGCGGUCUCGUCGUCUCACCCAAAGACUACUCCACCAAGUACAGAUACUGAACAUGUCUCCCACGACAACAACGCAAUGCUACUCUUUGUGACUGGGGACAUGCAUACCGUGCAAGUGUGAACUGCGGCCUAUUACAAUGCUGAGGGCAAAUGGUGCAUUCUAUUUUGUUUGAUACAUUGUACAAAUGAGAGUCAAGAAACAAACAAGACAGUGAAAACUUAAUUUAAGAACAUUUUGGCAAUCUAAAU